AGACAAAAAGCGCAUCAAAUGUUGCCAAGAGGCAGCAUGAAUCGUCGGUAACAGCCAACAGCGUGCUCCCGUUGCACGCCAUCGCCGCGGGCAGCCUCGCAGAAAGCGAGGAGACCAAAAAAUAGCAGCAUGAAAAAUUACCUACUGCUGCUGGCCGCCGCCGCGGCAGCCACAAACAUAACGAAUGCCACGAAGCCCUGGAAACUAAGAAACGCCAGACGCAAGAACAUGACCCACUGGCAGGGCAUCAACGUAGCGUUACUAUAUAGAGGUAUGCACUACGGUAGCUAUAAAAGUGAAAGGCACGGCGGCAAGUUCGUGAGAGUGAACGCGAACCACCCGACGGUCAUCGAGAACCAUUUGACGAAGAUCAGGAGGCCUCUGGAACGAGCCGGUGCUACCAUAUCUUCUGUGAUAGCGUGCACGCAUCAGUCGGACGUGGUAGACGACUGGCUGCAAAAUGUCGAAGCUUCCGCAUCAGAGGUGAUAGAAACGCAGUUAAGGAAGGACAAGAAGAAUAAAGUAAGGCCCAAUGAACUAUUACAGAGGGCCUACGCCUUGGCCGCGACUCAAGCGUGGGACGUGUUAAUCUCGUUACGGGCGGACCUGUUCCUCAAGCGCGACCUCGCGGAUCUGACGAGGCCACCGGUCAUUGAUAAAUUAUGGUUACCGUUCCGAGAAGUGUUCCUGAAUAUUCAUCACACGCCUUGUGCGUUUCAUGAGAGACCACCGACAGAUAGAUGUCUACAUGCCUGGGCGAAGCACGGCUCGCGGUUUUCCGACGCGCUGCGGAUCAUCCCGCGCGCAAUGCUCCCCGAUAUCAGAGCUGCCGUCGACGAGCUCGUCCGGCAUCGGGUGUGGGACCAGCACGGGUUGGCGUUUCAAUUAAAAAAGCUGCGGGGGUUCGACAUUCCCCGAAACGUGACGCCCCUGGUCGAGGGCUUCUGGGAUUCCAAUAUCGAUACCCGAGCCAAUCCCUUGUUCACGCUCGCGCGGGGCUCGCGGUUCUUGUCGAAGCUGCCGAAGAGCGAGCGGCCGCCCGAGUAGCGAGUCGCGUCGACGGCGUCUUCGUGCGACCGCGCCGCCG